GCUCUCCCGCAGGCACUCUUCGCUCUCUCCUCGCUGCUGAGGCACUUCCCCUAUGCCCAGCAGCAGUUCCUCAAGCUGGGAGGCCUCCAGGUGCUGCGUGGGCUCUUCAGACAGCCGGGGACCUCAGCCCUGUGUGUCCGUGCUGUGACGUUGCUCUAUGACCUCUUCGUGGAGAAGAUGCUGCUGGAGGACUCUCAGCACAGCGACCAAGCAGAGGAGAAGGUGCAGCAGUACCGGCGGGUGCAGCUGGUGCCGGCAGUGCUGGAACAGGACUGGUGUGUGGCAGUGCCAGGGCUGCUGGCUUUGCCAGAGCACGACGCACGUGAGAAGGUACUGAAGGCGGUGGCUGUGCUGAUGGAGUUCUGCAGGGAGCGCUUCCGCGGGGACACGGCCCUCAGUGCCACGCUGGGGCUGCUGCGCAGUGAGUACGAGGAGCUGGCAGCUGCCGAGCGCAGGGACGGCGAUGGGGAUGGGUACUUCCAGGAGCUGCUGGGCUCUGUGAACAGCAUCCUGCAGGAGCUGGGCUGAGGCCGGAGCUGGGAUGGGUCAGGAUAACGGUGUGAUGUGCGGUGGUCACCUGUGCUGUGUAAGUGCACUUUGAAUAAAUGGCUGAGCUAAGGAA